GCCUCAGCUCUGCCAACUCUUCGGAGUCUGCGCAGGGUUUCAAGUUCAACCAACCAGUCUGUUGGACUCCGUGUCACCACUUUGCUGAAAUCCUUCAGUUUCUUGAGGCCUAGAGUCCUUCAGUAGGGCGCAAUUUUCUGUCAAUCGCACAACGAGCAAGGGUUUCAGGAGUGUUGGAGCUGCAAGUAUGGAUUCUCCAGCGGGCAGUGCGCACCCAAUGGAUGGGAAUGCAGACACUGGCGUCGAUGACUUCCAGAAGAAGCGGGCGGCUGCGAAGGAACUCCUCAAUGAAAUUGAUGGCCUGAGGCCAGGGGCUUCUGCGACAGCGGAAGAUUGGCGGAAGGCGCUGGCUAAGGUCGUUCCGGCAGUGGUGGUUUUGCGCAUCACUGGGGUGCGUGCGUUUGACACAGAAUCAGCCUCCUCUAGCUACGCGACGGGGUUUAUAGUGGACAAGAAGCUUGGGCUUAUUCUCACCAACCGGCAUGUCGUCAAACCAGGCCCCGUCGUGGCAGAGGCUGUCUUCCUGGAUCGUGAAGAGAUCCCGGUGCACCCGCUGUACCGGGACCCGGUUCACGACUUCGGCUUCAUGCACUUCGACCCGGCAGCAGUGCAGUUCAUGGACCUGGAAGAGGUACCGCUCGUGCCGGAAGCUGCCACUGUUGGACUGGAAAUUAGGGUCGUUGGGAACGACUCAGGAGAAAAGGUGUCCAUUCUCGCUGGCACGCUGGCCCGCCUGGACCGGGACGCCCCACACUACAAGAAGGAGGGCUUCAACGACUUCAACACCUUCUACAUCCAGGCCGCGUCUGGCACUAAGGGCGGGAGCAGCGGGUCCCCCGUCAUCGACUGCCACGGCCAGGCGGUCGCGCUGAACGCGGGCAGCAAGUCGACUUCCGCGUCGGCGUUCUUUCUGCCCCUCGGACGCGUUGUCCGAGCGCUGCGGUUUCUACAAACGAGCAGACCGGACACGGCCCUGCCGGGGUGGCCUGCGCCGCAGAUUCCCAGGGGAACGUUGCAGACCACCCUGGUCCACAAGGGUUUCGACGAGGUCCGGCGCCUGGGCCUCGGACGCGAGACGGAGGGCCUGGUCCGGGCGUCCGCGAAGCAGGAGACAGGAAUGCUGGUGGUCGAUUCGGUGGUGCCAGCGGGGCCCGCUCACGGACAACUAGAGACGGGGGAUGUUCUCGUGCGGGUCGAGGGGCAGAUCGUAACCCAAUUCUACGCUUUGGAGGCCCUCCUGGACGACUCGGUGGGCAAGAGAAUUUCCGUCGAAGUGGUGCGGGGGGGUCAAGCCAUCACGACACAGCUACUGGUCCAAAAUUUGCACUCCAUCACUCCCGACUGGUUCCUGGAGCUUAGCGGGGGGGUCGUACACCCGCUGUCCUACCAGCAGGCGCGCAACUUCCGUUUCCCGUGCGGGCUGGUCUACGUCGCCGAGCCCGGGUACACGCUUGCGCGCGCCGCGGUCCCGAAGCACGCCGUCAUCAAAAAGUUCAACAGCCGCGAGACGCCCGACAUGGCCGCCUUCAUCGAGGUGCUCGGGGGGCUCCAACCGGGCGCCAAAGUGCCCCUCGAGUUUGUGACCAACUCGGACCGACACCGGGGCAAGACCGUCCUAGUGACGCUGGACCGUCACAACUGGUACGGCCCCCCGCAAAUUUACACCCGGGACGACACCACUGGGCUCUGGCAGCCGCGUCCCGCCUUCGCCAAAACCCCAAAGUUAACCCCGUCGUCAGAUUUAGAUCGAAUCAGCAAUCUACCCGCAUUAGAGGCGAGGAAGCUUUUGUCCGGGAAGGAGGAGAACGGUUUAGCGAAGAGUGAGGGGGGUAGUGGAGACGCGAAACCGAGUGUUGCGAAAGGAAACGGAUCUGGUCCGGGGCCGGCGGCGGAGUCCGCCGGGCUGAGAGCGGAAUCUGAUGGGGAUAGGGCGAGCCCCAACAAACGGAGGCGGCUAGAGGGGCCGGAGGGUUCCGUUCCGGAAGCGAACGGAAGGCCGGACGCCGAUGGGGAAAGUCGGAGAGAGGGCGCUGGCGGGGGGGUAGAAACGGCUGGCGACGCAGACCCCCAGGAGGUGACGGCCCAUGCGGUGGAGCAGAUCUUGGAGCCGUCAUUUGUGAUGAUGGACGUGCACAUACCGCCCAUGGCGUUGCUGGAUGGCGUGCAUGCGCAGCAUUUCAUCGGCACGGGCCUCAUCGUGCACCACUCGCCGACGCUGGGCCUCGUGGCCGUGGACCGCAAUACCGUGCCCAUCAGCGUGGGUGACGUCAUGCUGUCGUUCGUGGCCUACCCCGUCGAGAUUCCCGCAGAGGUGGUAUUCCUCCACCCAGUCCACAACUUCGCCAUCGUCGCAUACAACCCCCGCGACCUCGGCGCGGGCGCCCCCCACUUCCGCGCCGCAACCCUCCGGCCUGACGUCACCCUCCGCCGAGGGGACAAGGUUAACCUCACCGGGUUAACGGACGGGUUACUCCCAACCUCCCGGAAGUCCGUUGUCACUAACCCGAACCUCGCGGCGAACGUCAGCUCAGCGGACGCCCCUCGGUACCGGGCAAUGAACAUGGAGCUUAUCGAGCUGGAUACGGACUUUGGCGCGUCGUUCGCGGGGGUUUUGGCGGACGACCGGGGGGGCGUUCUUGCGCUUUGGUCCAGCUUCUCAAUGCAGGUCAAGUACAGCGACUCCAACGAGGACCAGCAGUUCGUCCGUGGCAUGCCCAUCUACCCGGUAGCGGAAGUCCUGCCCGCCCUCAUCAACGGCCCAGGGCCUGCCACGUCAUCACUUCCGUCCCGGAUCCACGGCUGCGGAGUGCCCCUCUUACGGACGCUCGGAGUGGAAAUGUCUCGGACGCUGCUGUCGCAGGCGCGCAGCUUCGGACUGUCCGAGCAGUGGGUCAAAAAACUGCUGGAGAAAGACUCCCUCCGGAGACAGGUGCUCCGUGUCAAGGGAUGUCUAGCGGGUUCUGCGGCCGAGAAGGCCCUUCAGCAAGGCGACAUGAUCCUGGCGAUCAACGGGGAACCGGUCACGUGCUACCGGGACGUCGAAGUCGCCUGCAGCGGUCUCGAGGGGAGCGGCGGCGAAACGCUCCCGCUCACGGUGCUCCGCCAGGGGGCGGAGCUCCAGGUGACGGUAGGCACGGAGCUGGAGAACGGUCUGGGGACCACGCGCAUGGUGCAUUGGGCGGGGGCCGCGUUGCAAGAACCGCAUCGGGCCGUCAAGUCGCUCAACUUCAUGCCCAAGGAAGGGAAUGGCGUCUAUAUCUCCAGGUGGUGCCACGGCAGCCCCGUCCACCGGUACGCUCUGUACGCCCUCCAAUGGAUCCUCGAAGUCAACGGACGUCCGACGCCCAAUUUGGACGCGUUCCUUGCGGCCGUGAACAAAGUCAAACACGGGGCGUUCGUCCGCUUGAAAACGGUGCACUUGAACGGAAAGCCGAAAGUGUUGUCUCUUAAGCAGGACCUGCAUUACUGGCCCACAUGGGAGCUCAAGCUUGACCCCGAGAGCGGGCGGUGGGUGCGGCGCGUGAUCAAGGCACAUGCCUGAAGGAGUUUCAAGUGGUGGACACGUGGCAAGUUUUCUGUGAGACGCUGAGGCGUGCUGCUGGUAGUAUGCUGAGGCGGUUCUGCUGGUACGGCAAAUUGAGCUGACUAAGUUCAGGAUUAGACGAUCAGCUUACGUACUAAGCGAAAGCUAUUGCACGCAUUUAAACUUCAAUGCACCUUUGUUCAAUUGACCUACUCAAUGGCUCUUGCGACUGAGUGGCUGACUGGAGGGCCCAUGUGAAUGACUUAGUAGAUUGCUCAGUG